AUGUGGUUUAAAAGUCUCAAACCAGGUAGCAUCUCUAGCUUCUCUCAGCUGUCAUCCACAUUCAGAACACACUUUGUAAGCAAUAGGCGCCGUGAGCGUACUACUGGAGAAUUACUUUCUGUCAAGCAAGGUGCAAAUGAAAGUUUGAGGGAUUACAUUGGCCGUUUCAAUGUCGAAGCGGUCUCGAUUCCCCGACUGCAGCAGGAUGUGGCCGUUUUAGCUCUGAUGACGGGGCUUAAAGAGGGGUCGCCAUUCCGGAACUACCUGGGCCGGAAAUCUUAUACAUCUUUGGGUCCGGUCCUUGGCAAGGCUAAUGACUACAUCAGAGGAGAAGUGUUCGACAAGGCAGUAGGCAACCGUUAA